UCAAAUGUAUUUUUAUAUAUUUGUAUACAAACUAAACUUACUGUGUGAUUGUAAGUGGGAAAAUAAACGGUUCAUAUUAAAUCUAAAGCUUCUGUCUGGUUAUAUUUAUAACAGUAUGAAUAUGCUGAGUAUAUCUUAUCUUGAGCCGCUUAAACUGCUUAGUUAGACAAACACAGAAUCAUCUUUUAAAAAAAGACAAAGCUUAUUGAGUUUUAUGUUUUCCAUUGAACAAAGCAGAGAAAGUAAAUAUAACAACUAUUUACAUGUAAACUAUUUACUAUGUUACAUCUCUGUUGAGCACAGGCUUACCCACUGAGGUCAGAAAGGUAUUUGUCUGAGGGGGGUUGAAGCAAAAUUGAUAAUUUCUGUAGGUUUUCUAUAAUUAUUAUUGCACAUUUUAUCACUAGUACACUGUAUAUAAAUAACACUGAAGGCUGUUGGGUUGGGAAACCACUUCCCCCUCCUCCUUAGAACAGUAAAUUCCAGCCAAGAAGGGAAGCAGGAAGAGCAUAUCGCCAAAAUAUGAGACAUCCAACGCACCAGGCAGAGACCGACAGUGCUCAAGGCCACGAGUUCCUUCCUCAUUCACUCCACGUUACAGUCCGCACAUAAAACAUGUGAUUAUCUCUCUUUGUCAGAGCUGAAACAUACUUUUUUUAUUACCCUGCUUUUUAUUAAAUAGACCAAAGACAGCUUCUUGUUACAUGAUCAUUUAUUUGUUUUAACAGGCAGUUUUUCCUUGCCCUUGUCUCCAAGGUCUUGCUCAUGGUGGUACUGUUGGGUCUCUGUAAAUAAUGUUAUAAGGAGUUCGGUCUAGACCUGCUCUAUUUGAAAAGUGUCCUGAGAUAACUUCUGAAUAGAGGGUAUGCACGUGACGUCACGGUACCCGGAAGUCGCUGCGGUUACGUCCACUGAGUGGCAAGUAGAGCGCAGUAACGUUUACCAGCGUCAACACUGCCAGAAUCCUAUAAGAAAAAGAAGAAGAGCCGCCAAGAUUUUAUAUUCAACAUGGGGAAGAGCUGCUGUGCUAUCGACUGCACUAAUAGAUUUGCAAAGGGGUCGGAGCAAAGUUUCUAUAGGCUACCGAAAGCAACAGAAAAGAGACGGCGAUGGAUCACUGCGAUCCGGAGAGACAGCUGGUAUCCAGGCACCGAGACCUGGAUCUGCGGUUCACAUUUUGUGUCAGGGAACGUUAAAUUAUGCUGUAUUUUCGGACAAAAUCAUAUCAUUAAAUUACAUAAUAUAUUGCCAACGUGACUUCAGUAAAGCUCUUAACGUUAUCUUUCAUUUAGCUAACGUUAGCUUCUGUAUUAUGUAUUCAUUAAUGUUAAUAAUCCUAGCUAGUUUAAGGUAACUGAAGGACCCAAAAGUCAUACUUUAGUACAAAUAAAGAUAUCGUGUUAAAGUAUUACUCUGGUAAAAGUGAAAGUCACCUAAAUAAAUAGUACUUGGGUAAAAGUCUCAAAGUAUCUGAUGUUGGCUGUACUUAAAAAUCAAGUACAAGUAAAUUAUUUACUUGUGUCAAUACACUGUAUAGGCUCCUGUAAACUGACUUUAUCAGCUUAUUUUCUGCUAUGAUGUUUAGUUUUGGAUUCUGUUUAAAUCUAAUGGCUGAUUGAAUAAAUAGAUUUUUAAAUGUGCUAACCUGGCUCUGAUUCAUAUAGAAAUCGUUAUAUGUAUAUAUUCGCUGCUACCAACCAUGUAUAUUUGUUUUUUCAGGAAAAAAGAGUGAUGAUCCUCUACACCCUGACUAUGUGCCAAGUUUAUUCAGCUUCACCUCUACUGCUGAUCGGACUCGGGCUAUCUCCCCUGGAGAGAUAUGUGCGAACUCAAAACGUUUCUGGCAAAAGACAUGAUGGGCUAACUGCAACAGACAGAGGUACUCCGUCAGAGCAAGAAUUACAGGUACAAACUGAAACUGGAGUCCAAGGCACUGAGGUCCAGACAGAGGAGACACACAAUGACAUUGCCUCAUUAUAUAAACAAAUUGAAUCUUUAAACAUCGAAUGUCAAUCACUGAGAGAUAAAAUUCAUGGACUAGAAAGUGAGUUGAAGCAUCGUACCCUUGACCCUUCACAAUUUGAUGACAGCAAAAUGAAAUUUUUCACAGGACUUCCCAAUUUACAGACUUUCAUGUUAUUGUUUAGCUUUGUGUUGUCAGUUUUUCCUGCUACUCCAAAGCAGUCCCUCAAGCCUGCUCAGGAACUGCUUCUUACACUGAUGAAGCUGCGCCUCAAUCUGUCAGAGGAAUUUUUAGGUUACCUCUUUGGGAUUCACCAGUCAACAGUAUCCAGAGUCUUUCACCGUUGGAUACAUGUUAUGGCAAGCAGGCUUCAUCCUCUGAUAUUGUGGCCAGAAAGAGAAGACCUUAGACGCAGCUUACCAAUGUGUUUUCGUACAUUUCUUAAGAACUGUGUAAGCAUAAUCGACUGCUUUGAAGUGUUCAUAGAGCGUCCUUCUGACUUAAAAGCUCGAGCUCAAACUUGGAGCAACUACAAACAACACAACACUAUAAAAUUUCUUAUUUCAAUCACCCCACAAGGAAGCAUCUCUUUCAUGUCCAAGGCCUGGGGUGGACGUGUUACAGACAAACACCUGACAGAACACAGUGGGUUCCUUGACAAGCUCCUACCAGGGGACUUGGUACUGGCUGACCGAGGUUUCACAAUUGAGGAUAGUGUUGGCCUAUUUUGCGCAGAAUUAAUAACGCCUCCAUUCACACGAGGGAAGAAACAGCUUAGCCGAAAAGAAAUUGAAUCGGCUCGUGAAAUUUCUCGUGUGAGAAUCCACGUCGAAAGAGUGAUUGGAAUGUUGAGGCAGAAAUACACAAUUCUGGGCUCAACGCUGCCUGUAAGUCUCGUUAGAGUGGAGGAAAAUGGCAAAGUGGAGGACAGCCUUAUAGACAAGAUUGUGUUAACAUGCUGUGCUUUAUGCAAUAUGUGUGGGUCCAUAGUGCCUUCAGAUUGAGGUGAACAUUAGUUCAAACCUUUUGUCUUAAUAGUUCGUAUCAAUAUAUAUUGGAUGAUAAGUGUAAAUAUUAAUUUUAAAACUUUUGCGUGAUUUUCAUUGAUAAGCCCGUAAAGGGUUACAUUUUGUAAAUAUUUACUCUGUGAUGUAUCUGUUAUGUAUUUACUCUAAGUUAUUUCACAGUAACAUAUGAAGUAGGUUUAUAUUCAUGUUUAUGUGUUAUCAUAUUUAGUAUGUAUAUAUGUUAUUGUUUAGUAUACCUAUGUGAUGGGUAGCGUUCCCUCCCCACUCUAGUUUAGCCACACCCUGCAAUCAUUGAUUGUCAGCAGGUGAGGCUAAUCACUUCUCAGUCCUUAAAUGUAGCUGUGUAGCAGUCAGCAGUACGUUUUGCCUCACCCUACCCUGACUCUACAGUUGUUUGAGGGAUGCCGAUGCCCAACUAAGGUAUGAAUUGUUCUUUGCUUGUUUGUCAUAUAGUGGGCGCAUGCAUUAAAUUCUUCCCUCACAUCUGUGCAGGGGUAAUGGCAGGAAUAUGGGAGCUAAUUGAAGGUAGUUGCUGCUCCCUCCACUAGAAGAGUGGUGUGUGUAUGUGCCAGAUUCUAGUUGGAUAAAUUGUUCAUGUAACUCGCAGGUAUGUUAAUCUUUACGUUGUAUGUCUUGUGUACUAUUCUUCUCAGUGGUCUUUAGAUUUUAAUGACUGAAACAUAUGUUUUUGGAUUAUUGUUUAUAUUGUAUACAUGUCACCAUAUAUUUUGUAUGUGUUUUCUUUACAGUAGGAACUGGAACAUGGUGUCUGUUCCCAUGACCUAGUCUUCUGGCUACUGCUGUUUUUGCCCUUCUACAAAUGUAUUUAUUGUAUAUGGUUACCUUGUUUUACUGUGUAGAUUGUUAAUUUUUGAUAGUUGGUUUGUGUUUUCUUGGUUUCUUUCAUAAACCAAACUUGUGAGUUAAUGAUAUAGUGGAGCUCUUUUUAGUGUUUGUACAGGUGGGCUGUCAUACGCUUACAAUUGGUGGGUUACUGGGUGGAGGGUUUCCCCCUGUCUGGGUUCUAUGUGCAUGCUUACGUUGCUGUGUAUUCUAUGUGCUUUAUUGUUUUGCAGUGUGUGUGUGAUCUCUUCUUCCCUGUACAUACUGGUGGUGGUGACCCCCCCCCCCCUUUUCUCUCACUCCCUCAUUCCUGUAGGCCUUCCUGACAGCCCCCCUCCCCCUUGUACUGGUAAUUACCUGUUUAGUGAAUAUAAGUAUAUUUUGGUAAUAAAUCGUAAAUUUUAACCUAUCCCAAAUGGUUUUUUUUUUUUUUUUUUUAGAGUGACAUUAAAUCUGUGUAAAUAAAUGUAGUGGUCGAAACUGGAAA